AACAACACACCAAAAAUGGCCGCUAAGAUGAUCAUAUUCGCUGCCUGUGUGGCCACCACACUCGCCCAAUACGCCGCCCCGGCUUACCCAUCCCAUCACGCCGCACCCGCUUACUCGGCGCCGGCUUACUCCGCACCGAAGGCAUACGCCCCGGAACCCACAUACGCCCCGAAACCUUACAGCUUCGAAUACAGCGUAAACGACCCACACACCUACGAUGUGCACAGCCAAUCUGAGCACAGUGACGGAUACGGCAACGUCAAAGGAACUUACAGCCUUUUGGAAGCCGACGGUUCCACCCGCGUCGUCGACUACACCGCUGACUCCUACGGUUUCAACGCUGAAGUCAAGAAAAUCGAAGGACACGGUUACAGCGCAUCCGCCCCAGCCUACAAAUCCGCCCCGGCCUACAAGCCCGCUUACUCCGCACCAGCUUACUCUGCACCAGCUUACUCCGCACCAGCUUACUCCGCACCAGCUUACUCCGCACCAGCUUACUCUGCACCAGCUUACUCUGCACCAGCCUACUCUGCACCAGCUUACUCUGCACCAGCCUACUCUGCACCAGCUCACUCUUACGCCGCCCCGGCUUACAAACCAGCCCCAUACAAGGCAUACUAA